UAAAUUUACCACAUUCACAUCUCUAAUUUAAAUUACUUAUACAUAACCAUGAUCAAGACUAUGGUAUAGAAUUAAACACCAAUGAUAACAAUAAUAGACCCAUUGAAAUUAAAACAAAAAUCUAUUCUUACCAAAAAUUAAUUUUUUGUUGUAAAUGGAACCAAAUUAUUUUUAUGGAAACGUAUAUGUUUUGUAAUAAGUAACUAAUAUGUCAGACUCCGAAUCGCAGUACUCAGACACCUUAGAUUAUUCUGAACAAUAUGAAGAAUUACCAUUUCGUCCACUUGGGCUUGGAAUGAGAGAUGAACGAGUUGUAUUAAGAGACCCAAAUAACUUGAUUAUGUCACCUGUGCAUGAACCUGUAUCAUAUUAUGAUCCGAAUUUAACACCAGCACAUAAAUACCUAGGAGCAGGACUUCAUGAAGCUAGCGGACGAACAAUUUUUGAAGAGGGAGUUGUUCAUUUAUUACCAGUUGUAUUUUUGAAAUUAAACUUAGUACCAGGACAGAUUUUACCAAUCAUAGCUCGCUCCACUGACAUACAACAUAUAUUAAAAUAUGCUAUAGCUAGAAAUCGUACAUUUGGUGUUUCUUUUAAAUUAAACAAAAAUAAAAGGACCUUUGGUACUGUUGCUGAGGUGUAUGAACACUCAGUUGAUAUAGAAUACUCUCAAUCAUUUCAAAUUAAAGCCAUGGGCCAUCAACGUUAUGAAAUUUUAAAUGUAGAACCAUUCCCUGAUAGCACAGAAGAAUCUAUUGUUUUAGCUAGAGUAAAAAUAUUACCAGACAUAACAUUAUCUGAUCCUUCUAAUAAAUUUUGUUUAAAUCCAAGAAAACGACUAUUAAAGCAUAAUGAAAUGUGUCGUAAAAGAGAUAUGUGGCAAAGUCAAUGGCCUGAUUGGGUGUACAAACAAUUUGAUGUAUAUCAACUAGCUGCACGUGUCACUGAUAAAGUUAAAAUGGCUUAUAAAGAUAUUAAAAUUUCAUCAGAUCCAGCACUAUUAUCUCUUCAAGUUACCCGCCUUGGCAUUUUCAAUCAGGAACAAGUGAGUGAUCUAUUAGGUAUUGAAUCUACUAACCUGAGAUUGCAAUAUGAACUUCAUUAUUGGAAUAAAAAUCAAUCAAUGCAAAAAUUUAUGUGUGCUCAAACUGGAUGUGGAGCACCAGUUUGUAAUAUGAGUAGCGUCUUUCCUAUGUCACCUGAGGGUCCACAAGGUACCUAUUGUAAUUCAUUGGGUACAAUUCAUGAUAUGAUAACAGUAACAGAACUUGAUGAGGACACAGAUGUUAUAAACAUUGGUCAGCCAUCUACUGAAUGUUGUUGGUUUCCAGGUUACUCUUGGGUUAUUAUUUUGUGUCAAAAUUGUCAAAGUCAUCUAGGAUGGCGUUAUAUAGCGAAUGAUAAUUCACUAAUGCCUAGAUUAUUCUAUGGACUAUGUUUAAAAUCUAUAACAUCAACUAAAAACUAUUUGUUACAAGAUCAAAAUAGAGAGCGCCUUGAAGAUAUAAAUGAUCAUCAAGUGUUGGUAACAUUCUAAUAAAAUAAUAAUUGUUUGUAUUAUUUCAUAUAUUAAUAGAGUACACUAAAAUAACUUCUAGUGUUGAUGUAUAUAUUAUCUCUUAUACUUAUAUUUAAUGGUACCUAUGUAUAUUUAUAAUGCUAACACAAAUUAGUAAAAUAAUUGUUCAACGAUGCAUAUUUUUGUUAAAAUUUUAUUUAAAACAAAAUAUAUUUUUUUUAAGGUAUAUUAAUAAGAUAACUAUUUGUUUAAAAUAAUUAUCAUACAAAAUAAUUUCAAUCUUUGUAAAUAAUGUGUACAAUAUAUCUCGUUAAAGAUUAAUUAUAAUUUAACCCACUUUAUCAAAAAGCCUUCUUUAGGUCUACAAAAACAAUGAAUGUGUCUAUUAUUCCAAUCUGUUUUUAUAUUAGUAUUCUUUAUAAUUGCCUCACUAUUUCUUAUAUUUUUCCUGAUCCCAAAUUAGUCUCUACCUAGAUUUCGAUCCAUUGUUUUAUCUAUUCUACUCUUGAUUAUUUGGGAGAUAGAUUUAGAGGUAUCUGUGGUGAGGUUUAAUGUGCUGUGUAUUCUUCACAUUUUUAUAUUACUUUUUUUUUUAAAUUAGUACUACAAUACCCUUUUCAAAUUCAUUAUUAUUUGAUUUAUACUCGUAUAACUCUUCAUGAUUUUCUUUCCAUCUUUUAACUUUUUCUUUAUCUUUAUUUAGUACUCUAAUGUUUUUACUUAUUAAAAUAUUAGCAUUGCAAUUUUUUUUCCUAAAAAGCUUUUUAACUUUUAAAUAUACUAAUUUUUUACUCUCGUUAAGAACUUUGCUGUUCAUCAAGCCACACUUUUUUAACUUUUUUAUAUUACAUUUUAUAUAUAUUUGUAAAUUUAUUGUUCUUAAAUGUUACUCUAACUCUUAUACUUUAUUUUUUCUUUUUUUAGUUUUACUAUAUCAAUUUUUAUGCAAGGUUUUAUUGGCUUUUUAAUGUUGAAAAACUAUAUUAACUGUUCUCAUCUUUGAUUUUUAUAACCUAGACAAUGCUUCCCACUAUAUGUCUCUUUUCACGCCUACUAUUGCAUUCUAAUCACUCAACAUUUUAACAUUUUCUUCUGUUUUAGUCAUUUCAUUUAUUUUAUCAUACAUUUCUUCAAUUUUGUUGUCAUUAUGUCUUGAUAUCAUUUAUAUUUAAAUAAACAUUAUAAUAGCAGGUUUAAAAUUAAAUUUAAUCAUGGUAAUCUUAUCUGAUCAUUCAAAAUAGCUGAUCACACUGUCAUUUCAUAAUGAUGCCUACUCAAAUACUACUUAUAUUAGUUGGUUUUAUAAAAUGAAAAAUAUGUCUAAGCAGAACUCUUGAUUAUAUAAAUUCUAUUACUUAUUUUAUGUUUCCUAUAUUUUUUUAUAAACAGGAUGUCCUCUAUUAGAUAUGAAAUCUGGUUGGAUACCCGUAUACUAAUAACAUAAUAAUUGUAAAUUAAUAUAUAUUAUUUAUAAGAUAUACCUAAGUUAAUAGAAAUUAAGAGAGAUUUUUUCCUAUGCUACAUUUAUUAUUUGCUAUUUUCCUUUCAAACAAAUAGUUAAUAAAGCCAAGUAUGGUCUAAUAUUUUUAAUAUGUUGACCAUGUAAUCAAAAAAUUAUGGGAGUUUCAUAAGAAAAAGAAAUCCCCACCAUUUGUGUAACUCAAUUUUUUUGUUAUUGGCAUGUACUUGUCAGUA